GGUAGACAGAUCGAGAUAGAGAGUGACGGCACAAGAGAUAGCAGAAUAGACAGAGUUAGCGAGCGACAACGCAAAGCGGGAGGGAUUCCAGGUGAACGGCUGAGAGCAGUCAGGUGUCACCUUACAAACGGCUGUUUGGCAGUGGGGGUUGGCUGACUCGACUUAAAACAAAAAUCUGAGUAGACCUGGGACCCGGACCUGGGAGAGUUGUACGGAAACAUUCGGAAUCCUCAAAGAAGAUCACGCACUCCACACUACUGGACACGGAUCAGUUGUUGGGAAAAGGAAGGAGAGAUAGACAAAUAUAUUAAGACAGAGAGAGAGAGAGAAAGAGAGAGAGUAAAAAAGUUUGCAGCUGCCUGAGGGUCUGUUAGUUUCAAAGAAAUAGACGUUACAGUAGUAGUUUUAGUAGAGCGUGUGUGUGUGUGUGUGUGUGUGUGUGUGUGUGUGUGCGCUCGCGUGUAACCCAUCUACUGGGUUGGGAUCCGGCUCUUGUCCACCCCUGGUCAGGUACUGCUGUGGCAUACCUGGGCUACCCAGAGGAAGUGUCGCAGCACCAUGAGGACUAACACACAAGCUGCUGAAGAGAGUUCCGCACCUCUGAAUCCCACACAGCAAUUAGUUGUGGCCAGGCCAGGCAGGCGCAGGAAGUCCAUGUCCACCCAGGUACAGCAGAAGAAGAAGGGCGUGUCUGUGAAGAGGGCUCUCCUCACCGCACUCCUCGUGCUCAUCAUCUUAGCCAUACUGGCCGUAGCCGCGUUCUUCAUCAAGCAGCUGGUGGAGAGUAAGUACUUCUUCUGCUCCAGGUCGCUCCAGUUCGUCCCCCUGGAGAAAACGUGUGACGGACGACAGGACUGCUCUUCUGGAGAGGACGAGUCCACCUGCGUCUCCUCCUUUACAAACAAUGAGACAUUCCCUGUUCGCCUGGCGACCAAUCGCAGCGUACUGCAGGUGUACACAGGGCAGUCAGGAUGGAAAAGUGUUUGUGCUGAAGGCUUUAACCAGAAGCACACUGAGUUAGCCUGCAAUCAGCUGGGAUACACAAGUAAGCCAAGCUUCAGCUCGGUGUCCAGCCAGCUCAUCUCGUCCACACUGGGAACGUCGUUUUGUGCGGUGGGAUCCAGCACUGGCAGUGCCCUGCAGAAGCUAGUAUCUGACCGAAAAGUGUGCAGUUCGGGAUCAGUUGUCACAUUGACCUGCUCAGACUGCGGGACACGGUCGGGCACUUCGGAGCGCAUCGUGGGGGGCGUGUCCGCGGACAUCGAGGACUGGCCGUGGCAGGUGAGCCUGCAGCAGAACGGACAGCACACCUGCGGAGGCUCGCUAGUGUCCCCGCAAUGGGUCGUCUCUGCUGCCCACUGCUUCUCAGGCUCAAAGAAGGAGGUGAGUCGAUGGAAGGUGGUGUCGGGCCGGACGUACAUGGGGACGGCAGGAGGGUCAUCCGUGGAGAAGAUCAUCAUGCACAGUGGCUAUGACCCCAAGAGGAACGACUACGACAUCGCCAUGAUGAAGCUGAGCAGCCCCAUCAGUGUUGGAGAUGCACGCAGGCCCGUGUGCCUCCCUCCCCACAACCAGGGCCUGAAGGGUGGGGACCCUCUGGUGGUGACCGGCUGGGGAUACCUGGAGGAGAAGGGGAAAGUGUCUCCACGGCUCCAGAAGGCCGAGGUGCCGCUGAUAGACCGCUCCACGUGUGCGUCGCCCACCACCUACGGCAGUCUCAUCUCACCCAGGAUGAUCUGCGCCGGCUUCCUAGAGGGCAAAGUAGAUGCGUGCCAGGGGGACAGUGGUGGGCCCCUGGUGUUCCUGGCUGACCGCUGGCGGCUGGUCGGCGUGGUGAGCUGGGGUGUGGGCUGCGCUCGCGAGGGAAGGCCCGGAGUCUACUGCAACGUGGAUGACCUGCUGGACUGGAUCCACUCAGUCAUGGAGUUGUAGGUGGUGAGCGGAAGAAGAAUUUAAGAGGCCUGAGCCACGAGGAGAGCUUCUGUGUGUGUGUUCUGUUUGCACAUCCACCCCCCCCCCCCCCCCCCCCCAACACACACACACACACACAUACACACACAGAAGCAGGCUGAGUGCCUCUGCCCUGACGUAACUCUAGAUGUCAGACAGAGUGAUCUUCAUGUCAUGCUGGUUUGGGAUCUGCACAGAGUGCUGAAUGGCUGGGUGCUAUCCAGUAAUAAUUUCUCAGGGGAAGUGUGUUGUAUUAUAUUUGGCCAAAUAACCAUACAGGCUGCUGAGAGAAGACAGGCAGUUUCACAGCCACUACUUGAUCUCAGAGUGCAAUGCCAACAUGAAUCUUUGCCAUAUGGGACCAAAAAGCACAUAAUAAGUUGGCUGUUCUGUAUGAGAAUCAACAGCACAAUUUUAUUAUCAUUGUGAUCAAAUGUGACUUGAUAAACUAUUAGAGUUAUGUGGAUUUGAGCACAUAACUAUCAUCACUGACCACUUUGUUAUUACGUAGGAAAAAUCUGGCUGGUGAAGUGUGUGUGAAACACUACACCCAACUUGAAAAUGUUCAUGAUUGGUAUUUUUGAACCAUCAGCAUUUAUGCCCUAGUUUUUUUUCCCUAUGUAUGUGCACAUGUGGAUUUAGAUAUUGGUGCUCUUGGAGUGGAGUUGUAUCGUAGUGUGUGGAUGUGUUUCUGGAAAGCUUGUUAAUAUAAGAAGAUGAAGAGUUUUUGUGUGUGUGUGUGACACUAGAAACUGAGUGAGGUGUUUUUUGUACAUAAUGUAAUUAAUGAAAUAAUGUGUCUGUUCGUACAUUUUAUAAAUGGUAAUGUUAUAUAAUAAAUGUUGGAUUUGUCUGAAUAA